AUGGUUAGGAAAAAGGCAAAAAGCAAACGUGUAACAUUAUCAAGAAAAUACAAGAUCGAUAAAAAAGUCAAAGAACAUCACCGCAAGGAACGACGAGAGGCAAAAAAAAACCCAAAACCAACGAAACCGAGAAAAGAUCCCGGAAUUCCGAAUCUAUGGCCUUUUAAAAAUAAACUUUUACAUCAGAUAGAAGAACAGAAACGAAAAGCUGAAGAAGAACGAAUUCGUCAAAAACAAGAUCGUCAUGAUCUUCAUAACAGGAACCGUAAUUUAGACUUCACAUCGUUAGCCAAAGAUGCCAAUAAACGUGAUACAGCAUUUGUCGCCAAAGAAAUAUCCAAUAAGAAUAGUAUGGAUGAAGCGUCUUCAACAAUGGCUGAUGUGGCGGCAAUAGGACAAAAAGAUAAUUCACGUAAGGCCUAUUUCAAAGAGUUCAAAAAAGUGAUAGAGAAUGCUGAUGUGAUAUUAGAAGUCCUUGAUGCUCGUGAUCCGUUGGGAUGUCGAACUAAACAAAUUGAGCGAAUGAUUAUUGAUAGUGGACUGAAUAAAAGGAUAAUCCUUGUUUUGAACAAAAUUGACCUUGUACCUAAAGAAAACACGAUACAAUGGCUGAGUUACCUACGUAAUGAAUAUCCUACAAUUGCUUUUAAAUCGUCUACGCAAAGUCAACGUGAAAAUCUCGGUCAUUCCUCUGGCUCGUUAACUAGUGUACCUGAAAAUAUCCUUCAUAGUAAUGAAUGCUUAGGAGCCGACACACUAAUUAAAUUACUCAAGAAUUAUUGUCGUAACGUAAACAUCAAAACCUCAAUUACUGUUGGGGUGAUAGGAUAUCCAAACGUGGGCAAAUCAUCUGUGAUUAAUUCCCUUAAGAGGUCGAAAGUUUGUGGUGUUGGAGCGACGCCUGGAUUUACAAAAACCGCACAGGAAAUUCAUUUAGAUAAAAAUAUAAAGCUUUUGGAUUGUCCUGGAAUUGUGUUUAGUCGUGCACAAUGGGGUGAUGAUAGUUAUACAGAAAUUUUAUUGAGGAAUUGUGUCAAAGUAGAGUUGUUGGAUGAUCCUAUUACACCUGAACUCACUUCUACAUUUACACAUUCACACUGUUCAAAAGUCGAUUUGAUAGUAUCACGCUGUAAUCAAGAACAACUAGCCAAGAAGUAUAACAUCACAAUGUUCAAUGACACCAAUGAUUUUCUUAUACUUGUUGCACGACAACGUGGAAGACUUAAAAAAGGUGGAAUCCCAGAUUUGAAGGCUGCAGCUAAAUCCAUUCUUCAAGAUUGGAAUUUUGGAAAGAUUCCAUUCUAUACAAAACCUCCAAUUGAAUCCAAAAAAAUUUCCGAUGAUAGUACGAUAGUUUCAUCAUGGGGUAAAGAGUUUAAUGUGGAUGAGUUGAUCAAUGAGGAUAAGACAAUUUUGGAAGCGAUGAAAAAUAAGGGCGAAUUUGGUUCUUCCGCUUUGGUCAUGACAGGACAAGAACUUCCCGAGGUUGAAAUGGAAACUUUCGACGACGACCAAGAAACUGAGGAAGAUACUGAGAUUUCCUUGCAAAACUUUUAA